AGCCUAUUAUUAGCGACAGCCUGUGGGGUUCGUUUGUUCAACGUGAAGCAACAGAGUCAACUGAUCGACUUGAGAUAUGAGUUCAGAAAUAGAGCUCUCCGAAUUCCUUCAAAACUUUUCUCCAAUCUCUCUUCACCACAAGAAAUCUAAAUCUGUUAGAAGUCCAUGGGUAUUUUGGAGUGAAUCUGAAGGAUAUGAAUCUUCAGCUGAUCUUGGGACUCGGAUGAUUCACUACAAGAUCAAAUCUGCAUUUUCUGAAAUUUUUAUCCCAUGGGAUAUGAGUUUCUUUGGUCAGUUUUGGGUACCUGUAUCGAUCGGCGGGAGACGGUUACUUUCAACUUCAGGUCAACCAUUUGCCGUCGGUAGUCUUUCCAGCUAUUUUGCCAUGUAUAGACUAUAUUCUGAGAAAUAUAAAUAUAAUAUCGAUGCGAAUAACCUUGACUUUGAACCGGACCACAUGAUCAAAAGUGGUGGACCCGCCACUACAUUCCUGAAUCGUCAAACAUCUAUAAAUGAAGUCCAGAGGUUUCUAUCGGAGUCGUAUGAUUAUGAUGAUGAAAGAUUGAACUUUUCUGUUAUGGUUCCUAUUUGUUUCCCGUCUCAAAGCAAUUGUAUUGGUGUUCUUGAGUUUACUACGGGCCACUGGGAAAAUAAUUUGGCGUGUUUUCUUUUUCGUACGGUUGAGGCAAUAAAGAAAGCUGGUUUGGACGUGUUUUAUGUACAAGAUCUUAUACCAUACAAGACUAUAAAUGGUCUCGAACUUGCUAAGGACCAUAUCAAAGAGGCAUUGAAGGUUGUUUGUGAAUCACAUAACUUAAUUCUAGCUCAAGUUUGGAUCGCUUACGAGAAUAAAACUAAUGUGCCCCUUUCAUUUUCUUUGGAGGACACCCAAACAAAGCGACUGUUAGCAAUCAAAUUGGCUGGUUAUUUUUAUGCUGUAGAAGGCAAUCGAUAUGAUGAUUUUGAGCCAUACUUUAGAUUUGGUGAUGUAACUCCUCGUGCAAUCGGGGAGGAAUUUCCUCUGGUGACACUUCAAGAUUAUGAAUCACACUAUACGUCGAAGCAUCGGUCUGAUAUGCUCAUGGAUUGGGGUAGUGAAGACUUUUAUGAAACCAGUGGUUUUGCAAUAUGCUUGAGGAGUAGUGACACUAGUGAUUAUAAAUAUGUGUUUGAAUUCAUAUGGAUCAAGCAUUCAAACUAUAUUAAUCUUUUAGAGGCCCUACUCUUAACAUUAAAAAGGUGUUUGCCCACAUUUAAGUUUGCUUCUGGUGAAGAAAUUGGUAACGAAUUAGAUGUACACAACGGAGACAAUAAAUCUGAAAAGUUCAAGAUUUUUCAAGGAAAAAGAUCAAUGGUUGUGGACUACAUAGCACCUUCCAAGGUGAUGUGCAAAACAACUCCAAAAGUAUUACCUCGACAAGUCAUUGAGAAACAAUUUGGAAAAACAAUGAAAGAUGCUGCAAAAAACCUUAAUGUAUCUAAAUCUACAUUGAAACGCAAGUUGAGAGAACAUGGCAUCUGGGAGUGGCCAGGACCAAAUUUUAUUCAGAGAAAAAAAAAUGAUUCGUCCAUUAUUCAAAUCAACCCACAUGAAGAAGACAAUAGGGCGAUUCAGGUGCAAUCAACCAUCAGUUUAAACCAAAAUAGUCUGACUAUAAAAGCAGAGCUUGCAGAUGAUAUUAUCAAAUUUCGUCUCCCUAUAUUGCAAGCAAACUUUGUAACUGUUGAAAAAGAAAUUGGUAUGAAGUUCAAUUUGAGUCUCGGGACUUAUCAGCUCAAGUAUCGUGAUGAAAUUAUGGAGUGGAUACUAUUAAGAUCUGAUGAAGAAAUGAGUUAUUGUAUUGAAAGUUCGAGAAAAAUAGAUCAAAAUGAAGUUCGAUUGCGUGUGGUACCAUCAACACAACCAAUAUCCGGUCCUAGUUGCUCCAACGGAAUCUGUUCUACAUAAUGAAUGUGUCCAUUUUCUUUAUUUCUUUGAAAUUUUCAUUUAUGUGUCUUUAUUUCAAUCAAAAUGCGAGCAUUUGUAUAUUUCUUGGUGAA